AUGGUUAUAAGAUCUGACUGGAAAAGGCUGUUUGUGUUGUUGUGUAUCGGUUUAAAUCGAUUGCAGGUCCAAGAAGGUCUUGACAGAGCGCAAAGACUACAAAAGCAGUCCAAGAAACGGGAUUACUAUAAAAUAUUGGGAUUGAAAAGGUCAGCAACGAAGAAGGAAAUCAUGCGGUCGUACCGAAAACUCGCUGUACAAUGGCAUCCUGAUCAUUAUGAAGGCGACGAUAAGAAGAAAGCCGAGAAAAUGUUCAUCGACAUCGCUGCAGCUAAGGAAGUGCUCAGCGACCCUGAAAAACGUGCAAAAUACGAUAACGGCGAAGACCCGUUGGACCCAGAAGCACAAAGCGGUGGCGGCCAUCAAUGGCAUCACGGAGGAUUUCCAUUCGGAGAAGGAUUCCAGUUCAAAUUUCACUUCAACUGAGUCAUUCUUUACGGGAGCAGAAUUUAGGUUUCCAUUCUAGUUUUUGUCUUUGUACUGACCAAGGAAUCCCAUCGUUACAGGAAUCAGAGGGAAAGAAAUUUUAACCUGGAAUAUUAUAAUUAUAAUUAUAAUUUAUUACAAUUAUAAUUGAUUAUAAUUGUAGUGAAUAUAAUUAUCUCGGGAGGUCACUGAUCUGUCUACUUGGUUGUCAUGGUGAGCAAGCAAUUUCAAAACACAUCUUCGAGUUUCGCGAUAAUUCUAAACAAAUGGUUAUAAGAUCUGACUGGAAAAGGCUGUUUGUGUUGGUGGAAAGACAACGCUUUUUUCCCGUUCUAUCUUCUUGGGAGACAUUGAAUUGAUAUUAGUCAAUUUUUUCCAAUUUACGUUACCUAAUUGUACAGCUCGGUUUAGCAAGCGAAUCACUAAACAGAGAUUUACACAGGCUAGAAUUGUAGUCUCCAGUUAUUAGCUUUGUAGAACAGAUGAAAAAAAAAAAAACAAACUGAUCAAGUCAAUUGAUUUAUUUCGUUGGUGAAAAAUCCGCACCGAUCGUUACAAAGCAACUGCUUAUUGUGUUCGGUAAACAUUACGUAACGAGAAAACUGAUUUUAUCUUGAAGUGCUAAAGUAAACGAGGACGAACUUUUUCUUUCGUCGUUUUUAAUGCUAAAGCGGCAACUGAAUUCAAGCUAACAAGCCGAAAUCGAGAUCACAUAGUGUACAUUUUUAUGCUUUACACUUGACAAGAAGGUCAGCCCCAUGUCCCGAUACAAAUUAAAUAUACUGGGCAUGUAUUUAUAGCUGUAAAAAUCCACCACGUCGGGUAUUUUAGAAUAAAAAAAAA